CUGGGCCCACCCUCCCGGAACCGUCUGGCCGGCCGUGGCCUCGGCCUGUGCCGCUUGCUGGCGUGAACCCUUCAGCCGAGCGCGGAAGGCGGCUUCAGCAGAAGAAAAGGGAGCCUUGCGGCCCCGCGACGCGGCCCGAGUUCUUUUGCCAAGAAAAUGGUUGGUUUGAUCUGGGACACAUACUGUCCAUGCUGAUGGGACACAAUCCAAUAUGAAUAUAAAUGAUGGAGGAAGACGACGCUUUGAGGAUAAUGAACAUACAUUACGUAUAUAUCCUGGGACAAUUUCAGAAGGAACAAUCUAUUGUCCAAUUCCUGCCAGAAAAAACUCCACAGCUGCUGAGGUGAUUGACUCUCUUAUAAACAGACUUAAUCUAGACAAAACAAAAUGUUAUGUCUUAGCAGAGGUGAAGGAAUUUGGUGGCGAAGAAUGGAUACUCAAUCCAACAGACUGUCCAGUUCAGCGAAUGAUGUUGUGGCCACGAAUGGCUCUGGAAAAUCGUUCAAGUGGAGAGGACUAUCGCUUUCUUCUGAGAGAAAAAAAUCUUGAUGGAUCUAUCCAUUAUGGGAGCCUUCAGUCAUGGCUACGGGUAACAGAAGAACGUCGAAGGAUGAUGGAACGGGGCUUUCUUCCACAGCCUCAGCAGAAAGACUUCGAUGAUUUAUGUAGCUUGCCCGAUUUGAAUGAGAAAACACUCUUAGAAAACCUACGAAAUCGUUUUAAGCAUGAGAAAAUUUAUACUUAUGUUGGCAGUAUUCUAAUAGUUAUUAACCCAUUCAAAUUUCUUCCUAUUUAUAACCCCAAAUAUGUCAAAAUGUAUGAUAACCAUCAGCUGGGAAAACUUGAGCCUCAUAUAUAUGCUGUGGCUGAUGUAGCUUACCAUGCAAUGCUUCAACGCAAAAAGAAUCAAUGCAUUGUGAUUUCAGGAGAGAGUGGUUCUGGAAAGACUCAGAGCACAAACUUCCUUAUUCACCACCUUACUGCCCUCAGUCAGAAAGGAUUUGCCAGUGGAGUAGAGCAAAUCAUUCUUGGAGCUGGACCAGUACUUGAGGCCUUUGGAAAUGCAAAAACUGCUCAUAAUAACAAUUCAAGUCGCUUUGGCAAGUUUAUUCAAGUAAAUUACCAGGAAACAGGCCCCGUACUUGGUGCCUAUGUUGAAAAAUACCUACUGGAGAAGUCCAGACUUGUUUAUCAAGAGCAUAAUGAACGGAAUUACCAUGUAUUCUAUUACCUCCUGGCAGGAGCAAGUGAAGAAGAGAGGUUAGCAUUUCAUCUUAAACAACCAGAGGAGUAUCAUUACCUCAAUCAGAUAACAAAGAAACCCCUCAGACAGAGCUGGGAUGAUUAUUGCUAUGACUCUGAGCCGGAUUGCUUCACAGUGGAAGGAGAAGAUUUGAGGCAUGAUUUUGAGCGCUUACAACUGGCUAUGGAGAUGGUAGGAUUUCUUCCCAAGACACGAAGACAGAUUUUCUCUCUCCUCUCAGCAAUACUACAUUUGGGCAAUAUCUGUUAUAAAAAGAAGACAUACCGGGAUGACUCUAUUGAUAUCUGCAAUCCUGAAGUUCUGCCAGUUGUCUCUGAAUUACUAGAAGUUAAAGAAGAGAUGCUGUUUGAAUCAUUAGUUACAAGGAAGACAGUGACAGUGGGAGAAAAGCUCAUUUUACCAUACAAGCUGGCAGAGGCUGUGACGGUGAGGAACUCCAUGGCUAAGUCUCUCUAUAGUGCCCUAUUUGACUGGAUUGUUUUUCGAAUUAAUCAUGCUCUUUUGAAUAGUAAAGAUUUGGAGCACAAUACCAAGACUUUGUCCAUUGGUGUUCUUGAUAUUUUUGGGUUUGAAGAUUAUGAAAAUAAUAGCUUUGAACAGUUCUGUAUUAAUUUUGCUAAUGAACGUUUACAGCACUACUUUAAUCAGCAUAUCUUUAAAUUGGAGCAAGAAGAAUAUAGGACUGAAGGAAUCAGCUGGCACAACAUAGAUUAUAUUGAUAAUACUUGUUGUAUAAAUCUUAUUAGCAAAAAACCCACAGGACUACUCCAUCUUUUAGAUGAAGAAAGCAACUUUCCACAGGCUACAAAUCAAACAUUACUAGACAAGUUUAAGCAUCAACAUGAAGAAAAUUCUUACAUUGAAUUUCCAGCUGUGAUGGAGCCUGCUUUCAUCAUAAAACAUUAUGCUGGAAAAGUAAAAUAUGGGGUAAAGGAUUUCCGGGAAAAAAAUACAGAUCAUAUGCGUCCAGACAUUGUAGCUCUUCUGCGAAGUAGCAAGAAUGCAUUUAUCUCUGGAAUGAUUGGACUUGAUCCUGUGGCUGUUUUCCGGUGGGCAGUUCUCCGAGCCUUUUUCAGAGCUAUGGUUGCUUUCAGGGAAGCUGGGAAAAGACACAUUCAGAGAAAAACUGGACAUGAUGAUACAGCGCCCUGUGCAAUUUUGAAAAGUAUGGAUAGUUUUAGUUUUCUCCAACACCCAGUCCACCAGAGGAGCUUAGAGAUUCUGCAGAGGUGCAAGGAAGAGAAGUACAGUAUAACCCGGAAAAAUCCCCGAACACCUCUGUCUGAUCUCCAGGGCAUGAAUACUCUAAAUGAAAAAAAUCAGCAUGACACAUUUGAUAUUUCCUGGAAUGUUAGACCUGGGAUUCGUCAGAGCAGGCUACAAACUAAUACCUCUUUGCUUGAUAAAGAUGGGGUAUUUUCUAAUUCAGCUAGUAGCAGACUUCUGGAAAGAGCCCAUGGAAUUCUCACGAGAAACAAAAACUUCAAAUCCAAGCCUGCCCUUCCAAAGCACUUGCUGGAUGUAAAUUCUUUGAAACAUCUAACCAGACUGACCCUGCAGGAUCGCAUUACUAAGUCCCUUCUUCAUUUGCACAAGAAGAAGAAACCUCCCAGCAUCAGUGCCCAGUUUCAGGCUUCAUUAAGCAAGCUGAUGGAAACACUAGAUCAAGCAGAACCGUAUUUUGUGAAAUGCAUUCGUUCCAAUGCUGAAAAGCUGCCUUUAAGGUUCAACGAUGCCUUGGUACUCAGACAGCUCCGGUACACAGGAAUGCUGGAGACAGUUCGGAUCUGCCAAUCAGGAUACAGCUGCAAAUACUCUUUUCAGGAUUUCGUUAGCCACUUUCAUGUACUUCUUCCUCAAAGUAUUAUUCCAUCCAAAUUUAAUAUUCAGGAUUUCUUUGGGAAAAUAAAUCUUAAUCCAGAUAGUUACCAAGUUGGAAAAACCAUGAUCUUCCUAAAAGAGCAGGAACGGCAGCACUUACAAGAUCUGCUUCACCGGGAGGUGCUCCGUAGAAUUGUGUUGUUGCAGCGGUGGUUCCGGGUGCUGCUGUGUAGACAGCAUUUCCUCCGUCUGAGACAGGCAGCCAUUGUUAUCCAGAGAUUCUGGAGGAAUUACCUAAAAGGGAAGCAAGUCAGAGCUGCAGCUGUGCAGAAGGUUGCUUUUGUCAUGGAGAGUGCAGCUACUUUCCUCCAAGCUUCCUGGCGUGCUCACUUAGAGAGGCAAAGGUACUUGGAGCUAAGGGCUGCGGUCAUAGUCAUCCAGCAGAGAUGGAGGAACCUCUGUAGGCACAGGCACAGGGCUGCUACCUGCAUACAGGCAAGAUGGAAAGGCUACAAGGAAAGUAAGCGUUAUCAAGAACAAAGGAAUGCAAUUAUCCUUUUACAGUCAACAUGUAGAGGAUUUGCAGCAAGACAAAGAUAUAAAGCCUUAAAAGAACAGAAGCUAAAAGAAACAAAACUAGACCAUGGAUUAAUGACUGUCAAGGCAUUUAGAGCUCUGAAAAUUCAGGGUUCAGACCCUUCAGAAUGGGAGGAUUGUUCCUUUGACAGCAGAGUAAAAGCCAUAGAGGAAAGUAAAUCUGUGAUGGAUAGCAGUCACAUUGGCUGUGACAGUUCAAUGGAGGGCUCAGAAGAAUCUCUAGACAAGAGGCAGGAGAGAACCAGAAGCCAAAGUGGUAUGGACUUACAGCAAGAGGUGAUUGUCAGAGAAAGACCCAAAUCAUUGGAAGAUCUCCACCAGAAAAAAGUAGGGCGGGCCAAAAGAGAAAGCCGGAGAAUGAGAGAGCUAGAGCAAGCUAUAUUUAGCUUGGAACUGCUGAAAGUUCGUUCUCUUGGUGGUAUGUCUCCUUCAGAGGAACGGAGAUGGUCUACAGAACUGAUACCUGAAGGCCUCCAGUCUCCACAGGACACCCCUGAUAGUGAAAGCUCUCAAGGAAGCUUGGAACUUCUAAGCUGUGAAGACAGCCAGAAGAGCAAGCUAGAGUCUAUAGUUUUAGAUGAAGGACACUUGCCAUCACCAAAUAUGUCUCUCAGUGUAAAAUCUGAUUCACAGGACAAUUCCCUCAGUGCCUCAAGUGAGACCAGCUCUGCAUGGAUUCAGAAGGGAGCAUACCCUGACUCAGAGCCCUUAAAGAAUGAGACUAUGCAGGAAAAGUGGGUCUGUGGUUCUGAACCUAUCACCUGUAGGACACAGCAGAGAGAUUCUUCUAUGUCAAAUAGUUUGCCUACUUUUUUUUAUAUUCCCCAUCAAGACACCCUAAAAACAAGUUCCCAGCAUGUCCAAAGAAAUAAACAUUUGGAACACAACCAUACACUAGGGACACCUCAUACUUUCGAUUUCAGCAGAGAAGCAAGAAUGUCUCACUUCUCAGGAGACCAAGUGGUUCCUUCUUUGAAUAUGGAUUCUUCUAAUAAUGUGCUUAAGAAAUUAGAAAAACUAAACACAGAGAAGGAAGAAAGGCAAAAGCAGCUGCAGCAGCAAAAUGAAAAAGAAAUGAUGGAACAGAUUCGACAGCAAACAGAUAUUCUAGAAAAAGAGCGCAAAGCCUUCAAGACAAUUGAAAAACCAAGAGCUGGAGAGUCUUCCCUGACACCAUCAUUCUGUCAAUCAAAGCCAAGAGCUGAGAGGCCAUCCUCUCUAUUUCUCCCAAGUACUCCAUUCAAGGGAGAACCCAGGGGACUAGGAUCCCCAUCAGUAACUGUAAGAGAUGCUGUUUUUGCCUCAAAGGACAGUCCCUCUGCUCAUUUACCCAUGACGGACCGCUCAGUCACAAUUUUCUUUGAAAGAAAAGGAAACCCAUGCCAGUCUAGUAAUGCCAAGGAAUUGUCCAAGACAGAAAGAACAGGCACCCAGCAGGAUAUUGCCUGUAAACUCUCUAAUGAUCACAUUUCAAAACGAGAACACCUUAGAGCAGGUCAGUCUUAUGACCACAAGUCUGAAGACCCUUCCAGAGAGAGAAGUACGAAGGCCAUUUUCUUCACAUCAAAGGACAAUACAAGUAUUCCUGUUGUCAACAAGGAAGUAUUAAGCAGUAAAAAUCCUCAUGUCCAUAAACAAGAUGAACCAACUUGGAAACCUCUGAAGUUAGCUGGGCCUGGUCAACGAGAGCAGGUUGCCAGACCAGCCCAUAAAAAGAAAGCGCGAAUGGCGCGGACGCGCUCCGAUUUCUUGACUAGAGGUACUUUUGCCGAUGGGGAGGGGGACACAGAGGAAGAUGAUUACGAUGACAUAAUUGAGCCCCACCUCUCCCUUGACCAAGCUUCUCACUCUGAGCUAGGGUCUGCAUCCAGCCUGGGUCAGGCCUCUCACAGUGACUCCGAAAUGACAUCACAGCGGUUUUCUUCACUUGAUGAACGGGCAAAGAUUCAUAAGACUAUGUCUCAAGGAGAGAUUACAAAGUUGGUGGUGAGACAGAAGUCUUCAGAUUCAGAUAUCAGGCCUCAGAGAGCUAGGAUGAGAUUCUGGGCCAAAGGGAAACAGGGAGACAAGAAGUCUACGAGAGUAAAACCUGCCACCCAGUCAGAGGUUUUUCCACUCUUUGCUGGCUCAGAUGUGAUUCCAGCUCAUCAGUUUCCAGAAGUUAUAGAAUUACCUCAGUAUCAUCCAACACCUCCUUUGAGCCCAGAACUGCCUGGCAGUUGCCAGAAGGAGUUCAAAGAAAACAAGGAACCUUCUCCAAAAGUCAGACGCAGGCGAAGUGUGAAGAUCAGCAAUGUGGCUGUGGAUUCCAUACACUGGCAAAAUGACUCUGUCCAAAUCAUAGCAAGUGCCAGUGAUUUAAAAAGCAUGGAUGAAUUUCUUUUGAAAAAGAUGAAUGACCUAGAUAAUGAUGACAGCAAGAAGGAUACACUAGUAGAUGUUGUGUUUAAAAAAGCCCUGAAAGAAUUUCGGCAGAAUAUCUUCAGCUUUUAUUCAUCUGCAUUGGCGAUGGAUGAUGGGAAAAGCAUACGAUAUAAAGACCUCUAUGCACUAUUUGAGCAGAUUUUGGAAAAGACCAUGAGGCUUGAGCAGCGUGAUUGGAGUGAAUCUCCAGUGAGAGUUUGGGUCAACACUUUUAAAGUGUUUCUAGAUGAAUACAUGAAUGAAUUCAAGACUUCUGAUAGCAUAGCCACAAAGGUGCCAAAAACUGAAAGAAAGAAAAGAAGAAAAAAAGAAACUGAUUUGGUGGAAGAGCACAAUGGUCAUGUCUUCAAGGCCACUCAAUAUAGCAUCCCUACAUACUGUGAAUAUUGUUCUUCUUUGAUAUGGAUAAUGGACCGAGCCUCAGUUUGCAAAUUAUGUAAGUAUGCUUGCCAUAAGAAGUGCUGUUUGAAAACCACAGCCAAGUGCUCCAAAAAGUAUGAUCCAGAGCUCUCACCUCGGCAGUUUGGGGUUGAACUCUCCCGUUUGACCAGUGAGGACCGAACUGUUCCUUUAGUAGUGGAAAAGCUCAUAAACUACAUUGAAAUGCAUGGACUUUAUACAGAAGGUAUUUACCGGAAGUCUGGCUCAACUAAUAAAAUCAAAGAGCUUCGACAAGGUCUAGAUACAGAUGCUGAGAAUGUAAACCUAGAUGACUAUAACAUUCAUGUCAUUGCAAGUGUGUUCAAACAAUGGCUUAGAGAUUUGCCCAAUCCACUCAUGACCUUUGAACUCUACGAGGAAUUUCUUCGAGCAAUGGGCCUUCAGGAGAGGAAGGAGACAAUCCGGGGGGUGUACUCUGUGAUUGACCAGCUCUCCCGAACUCACCUCAGUACACUGGAACGCCUCAUCUUUCACCUCGUCAGGAUUGCUCUACAGGAAGACACUAAUCGAAUGUCUGCUAAUGCUUUGGCUAUUGUGUUUGCACCAUGCAUUCUCCGCUGCCCUGACACAACUGACCCCCUACAAAGUGUCCAGGACAUCAGUAAAACUACCACCUGUGUGGAACUGAUUGUUGUGGAGCAAAUGAAUAAAUAUAAGUCUCGUCUCAAAGACAUCAGUAGCCUGGAAUUUGCUGAGAAUAAGGCAAAGACCAGGCUAUCGCUGAUUCGUAGAUCAAUGAAACCUGUACUAAUUGCAGUUAGAUUUAUGAGCAUAACCCGCAAUUCGGUCUCGGGAAAGGGUCGUAUCCGUCGAGGAAACCAUCCAGGUCCAUCCUCUCCUAUUGUAGUUCAUUUGCCUUCCAUGUCUGAUGUCCCAGAAGAGACCUUGGAGAGCGAAGUAGCCAUGGAGACCGAUGUCACAGAACAGCAGCAAGCAGCCAUGCAGCAGGAAGAAAGGGUACUGACAGAGCAGAUUGAGAACCUGCAGAAAGAAAAGGAGGAGCUAACAUUUGAGAUGCUCGCACUGGAACCCCGUGCCUCUGAUGAUGAAACCCUCGAGUCUGAGGCCUCCAUUGGGACUGCUGAUAGCUCAGAAAAUUUGAAUAUGGAGUCUGAAGGAGCCAUGUCCGAGAGAUCAGAGAGAACCUUAGGCCUCGGCUCCCUAAAGGCAGCUGCUAAGUCUGAACCUUCAGGCAAAAUGCGAAAGCAGCUAAAAAAGCAGCAGGACUCUUUGGAUUCUGUGGAGUCUACAUGUCUGUCCAACACAGCAUCAUCUCAUGGCACCAGAAAACGCUUUCAGAUUUAUUCCAAAUCUCCAUUCUACCGAGCUGCCUCUACUGGUGAAGCUCCAGGAAUGGAAGGACCAUUGGGCCAGGCCAAAGCCCUGGAAGACAAGCCUCAGUUCAUCAGUAGAGGAACCUUCAACCCUGAAAAAGGCAAGCAAAAACUAAAGAACGUGAGAAACUCACCUCAGAAAACCAAAGAGACCCCCGAGGGGACAGUUGUGUCUGGGCGCAGGAAACCUGUGGACCCAAACUGCAGCUCUGCCCAGCAGCUGCCUCUCUUUGGAAAUAAUGAGUUUAUGGUCUGAACUGGCAGAUGUGUGUUCCCUUGUGGCAAGCACACAUCACCUCGUUGGGGCAGCCUCUCGUCACUGUGCCACAAUAGUCCUAAUUGUGGUCUAGACUCAGUGUACAGCUGCAACCUGUGUGCUGAAUUCCUGGGCCCCCAGCACAGGUAGAAAGGCCUCCUCAAAGCUUCCUGGGAAGGGUGCCAGCUGUGCCUUGGCUGCUGUAUUUGAAUCGAGAUUUCACUACACAGAGCCACAUAGGCCUGGGUAUUUUGGUCAGUAGUAGUUGCCUCUCCCCCACCUUUCUUUACCUUCUUGAAGAUAGAUGUUGAACUCCUGGGGGCAUUUGUGGACCUGCAGGACCCUCUGAUUUCCAACAUUGAAAGACAACAUAGGCCUUUCUUAACCAUUACAACAAAAAUCCUGCAGCUUUAUUUUGAAAUUAAAGAGCCGGGGUAGUAUAUAAUUUUUUCCCAAGUAUUCAUGAAUAAACAGCCUAAAGCCCUCUAUUUUAAAAUGUUUGAAAAAUACUCCAUAUUAUAUCUGGAUAAAGAAAAAAAAAGCUGUUGUUUCCAUUAAGCCAUUAGAGCAUGUAUGAGAUACCUGGUUAUAUGAUGAAGACAUAAGUACAUGCUUUGUUUUUUGAUGUCAGAAUAAUAAUGCUGGCUUAACUCCUGCCAAAUCUAUUACACAGGAUGAAGUUGCAGUAGCCAUACUCUACUCAUGUUCCCUGUUCCUAAGAUCAGAUUCCUCUAGUUGUUUUUAUGCCCCAGAGACAUUUAAUCCCUAAAUAUGAAGGUUUCAUCCUAGUCCAUCCAGGUAUUUCACUGUAUGGUUAAGCUGAAGAUUGCACAUGAGCCUAUACAUAUGCUGGUGGAUUCUCACCAUGGACUCAAAUAAUGUGACCAUUUAUUCAUUUGACCCCCAAAACACACAAUACUGCAUGAACAAGUGUUACAGAAAGCUGCCAAAAUUUGAAGGUUUUAAUAUGACCCAUCUAACUUUUACUUUCUUUACGUCAGACCAUCAGUAUUAAAUAGAAGAAAAAAAAUCAAGGACUACUUGAACCUAUUUUUGUUAAUAUACUGGUUACUGAAGUUUGCUGUAAAUAUGUGUACAUAUGUCUAUUCUUUUUAACCUUAUGCUUCCCAGGGAAUUUAUUCCUCAGAUUAGAGGCUGUUGGGUAGAGAGUGAGAGCCACUCAUCCCUGGGUGAAGCAAAGUAUGUCCAUCUUUUUGUCACUGGUGGUCUCUAUACACCUAAAUUAUCACAACAUUUGAAGCAUUUUAACAUUUGUGCUAUGGAAUCUGUUUUUGCUAUUUAUAAUUGUAUAAAAAAAUGUAAUCUUUUAAGUUUGUGAAAAUGUUUAUUUUUAAAGUUAACUACAUGCGUCUUGUCUAACUACCACAUGCACUGUUCUGAAGAAGAGCCUUUACCACCUGUAACUUGCAUUUUGGUUAUUCUUCCUUUUCAUACUUCUUUGAAGUCUUUUGUUCAGGCAGUCUCUCCUGUUACACAACACUGAACCUCAUGCCAUUGCCUCAGUGGUCCUUGGCCAGCCCCCAGGGUCAGAUCAGAGCAUCAUUCUGUGUGGCAGCUAAAGUCCUGUGCAUUUUCCCUCCUAGUUUUGGUUCAGAGUUGAGCCAGGGAAAGGAAGCCUUUAAAAACUCCACAAUGAUGAUAGUUAAUUGGCAUAUGUAAGGUUUUAUGUUUCAUGAACAUUUACCACCAGUUAGUGUCUUGCAUGAUGAACAUUAAUCUUUAAAACUGCGUAUUUCAAAGAUGGUCAUGGUGGUAUGUACCUCCAGGAAGCUAAGGCAGAAUUGCCUGAGCUCAGGCAUUUAAGGGCAGCCUAGGCACCAUAGCAAGACCUCCAAAGCAAACAAAGGAAUACCAGAGACUGUCUAGAGGGAAAGCUCCCUGCCCCAGCAUGGCUGUGUGCAAUGGGGGUGUUGCUUCCUGGGCCCAUACUCAGCCGCGCACUUUGAAUAUUCUUGGGAGAGUAGUGUGCUGCUCGGCAUUGACUGUUACUUUCCACUUGUUCCACAAUGUUGUUAAAAACUUUUUUUUUUAAAGAAGAGAUUACCCUUGUGAAUAAUUUCCUUUUUCCCAGAGGGAUGACCCAGGGAGCACAUCUUGACACGUGUUCUCCCAUCUAAAUCUUUUUGGGGAUUUUUUUGGUAAGAUAAGCCUUUGGCAGUUAAAACCAUUUAUAUAGGUCACUUUAUAGGAACUAGUUGAUGGAUGUAAAGAGACUUUAAAAUUUUUCUCAGAGACCUAAAACCUGAAUUUGGAUAACAUUAAAUAAAAAAUACUGUUGUGGAUUUCUAGUCAUUUAACAAGUUGCCAGGAUGUGGGUGGGUGGGAGGAGAGAUUUGGGCCAUUGUAGGAAUGUUAAGCAAGUGUGGCCCACACUCGUUUGAGGGAAACAAUGCUCUUCUUCUAGGAUAACGGGCUGUUUCCCAAUGAGAUGAAGUCAUAACUUACAAAAACUAUCAGAAGCAAAAUGCUGUAUCCACUUCCAUGUGUUCUUAACUUAUCCCCUGCAAAGCUGACGUUACAUCAGCACCAAGGGUUGCUGCAUUACAUUCACUCCUGAUAUCUGAUUUGUGGCUUCCUGUUACUUCUCCUUUGCUGCUUUUCUUUGAGCUCAAAUGCCUCGAAGGAAAUAAUCUGAACAGCAGCAAUGGGGCAGCACCACAUUCUGAAAUUCACUCAGCAUUACAGUCCUAGUCCCAAAUAAAACAUUUUUUUUUCCUUCUGCCCAUGGAAGCUAAUAUAUUUAUUCUUACUGUAGUUGCAUUAUGUAUCAUGGAAAUACAACAGAAGCAGAGAAGUCAAAUUUCAUUCUAGAUGACAGAUUGAAGCAAAUUAGCACAAACAGGGUUGAGGGAGGUGACAUGCUUAGUUGGUGAUACUCUUGGUAUUUCCUACCAUUUGGAAUGUUUGGCCACUCUUGGCUUCUAGAAACACAAACAGAGCCAGCCUACCUCCUAUGAGCCUUGCAGAGUGAGCCAGAAGGACCCACUGUCAGAAAGCUGAGUCCCCAACUUCUGUAGUGCUUAGCCUGCUGAGAUUAUUGAAGACUUCUGUUCCAUCACAGUAGGGUGCUUUCCCAGGUCUAAUCUGGGUUAUGGAAUGUACUGAGAAGAGGCAGGCCGCCCAGCAAGGUUCUGCUAUCUCACCUCAGGUCCUGUGUGUUUUUAACUGUGACCCUAUGAAUGUGUACAUUUCACAAGCUCUCUGCUGAAUGAGAAGUCUCAGAAUGUGUUCAAGGCUAAGAGGCUUAAUCAUAAACAGAUCAGGUGGCUUUCUCAUCUGCUUCAUCCCCUGCCCUUCGUGGGGGACUAGAAGUGGGGUCUCCAUCAUUCUGCAUUGAAAAGCAUAGGUUCACUCACCUUUGUGACCUCUCAGCUCUGUCUGCAACCACAUGCUGGCGUUAGUAAAAUCCUUGGUAUUCAUGGGAGUCCUGUCUUCUUAGGUCCUUGGAAUAACGUGCAAUCACUUUUCUUUAGAACCACUCCCACAUCUUAAUUCAGUGUUAAAAAGUAUAACUGCAAAAGGAUCAAGGAGAUGGCUCUGUUAUGUCUUGGUGAUCUUUCGGUUGAAACUGUUUUUUAGAAAAGCCCACCAGUGGGCUGUCACUUCACUGUUCUCCAUUCUUAGUGCUUAUCAGUCCCCUUAGGUCAUAUAAAAGUUGCACCUCUUGAACCAAGUAUUUGUAUUUACUAUGGGAAAGGUGAACUAAAGAUUAGUAUUAUAUUAUUUUAAUGGAUUUAAAGUAAUUUAUAAGUAUGUUGAGUGUAAAAUUUUUUAAAGACUGUAUUAUAAAAGGACAUAUCCUGUGAAAUAUAUCAUUUACUGUUGAAUAGAAUAAUGCUAUAAGAAGAAUGAUUUAUAUCAUCCACAGAACAGAUUACAUUCCUAAUGCAAUCAACAGACACUUUGUAGACUUCCUAUUUUAGGGGGAGGACAAGACAUCUGUAUAAAGUAUAGUUUGUGUCCCUCAAAAUAUGCACUGUAUGGCUAUACAAAAGUGGCUUGACGAACAAAUCACCCCUUGGCUCAUUAAAGAACAAAGCUUCCAGAAGCA